CCCUCCCGGCUGAGGGAGCCGAUACCAAGACCUACUUGUGGGCCAGGUACCACGAGAUGAAAAAGCUGGUCUACGAUCUCCUUCCACCAGGAGUCUGCAAUCUCCUCAACCCAGCCGCUAUCUACGCUAACAAUGAGAUCAGCCUGGGAGAUGUUGAGAUAUAUGGCUUUGACUACGAUUACACAUUAGCACAGUAUUCUAAUUUACUACACUCUAUGAUUUUCAACACUGCCAGAGACAUCCUAAUAGAACAAUUCAAGUAUCCAGAAGGGCUUGGGAAGUACGACUACAUCCCUGGGUUUGCCAUACGUGGACUUCACUAUGAUGUACAAAAGAGUCUUCUGAUGAAGAUCGAUGCUUUCCAUUAUGUCCAGCUGGGGACAGCAUAUAGAGGGCUCAAACCAGUGCCUGACGAAGAGGUAAUCGAACUCUACGGUGGUACACAGCACAUCCCCCUGUACCAGAUGAGUGACUUCUAUGGCAAGGGUCCAUCACUUAAGCAGUUUAUGGACAUUUUUUCUCUUCCUGAAAUGACGCUGCUCUCUUCAGUCAUUGAUUACUUCAUAACUCAUGGCAUUGAGUUUGACCAAGUGCAUCUUUACAAGGACAUAUCGGAUGCUAUUAGAGAUGUUCACGUAAAAGGAGUGAUGUACAAGUGGAUUGAAAAAGAUAUGG